AUGGCGCUCCGGCGUUCCGCCUCCCAGAUCUUCGGGUCCCCGCACCCGGCCCUGCAGGGCGCACGUGAAGGUGACGACGGCGCAUCUGCUCCAGCUCGGCACCAGCUCUGGAGGGGUCACACCAUCCUGGGCCUUCGAGCUUCCCCGGCCCACGCCCCGUACGCGACCUCCAAGAGCCGACAACGACGUCAGGACCCCGACAACAACGACCCCAGCUUCAACAAGCCGCCGCAGCAGCAGUUCCAAUCCAACUCGGACCCGGCGCCAGUCCUAUCUACAGAUUCUACGCAAUCCCAUGAACCUGCCGCCCACUUGAACCCCACCGCAGGAGCCACACAGAGCUGCGCAGAUCUAGAAGCGUCGCUGGAGGCCGCUACCCUCGAGUCCACCACCACCUCGGCUUCGCUCCCACCGCCGCCUUACCGCCCGGCGACGUCCAACAUGGCCCCGGCCGCCUCGCCCUUCUCGGCCCCCGCCACCCAGGCCCUGCAGCCCACGAUGCCGGUGCUCAAGGGCUUCCAGGCGGCGUGGGAGACGCACGCCGUGCGCCGGCAGCAGCAGCCGCGCGACGCCGCGACCCUGCACCCGGUCUUCUUCUCCGACAGCCUGCAGCGCGCCCCGCUGGUCGCCGACGCGGCGCUCGCGAGCCCCGUGGCCCUGGGGUACGGGUACCCGAGGGAGGGGCCGAGGUUAUGA